GCCUCGCGUGCACUUUCGGCCUCCCCCCACUCUCCCGACCUUCCCGCGCGGUCCUCCCGGGCCUCUCUUCCCCCAGCCCCAGCGUCGGGCCCGAGUGAGAGGUUCCGGAGCCCGGGCGAGGGCGGGGUUCCCGUGUCGACGCUGCCGGCCCGCCCGCCCCAGCCCACGCCGCACGGCGCCGGGAGCUUCAGCUGCCCUCUGGUGUGCAGGUUUGCCUCGGAGGGUCGGCGGGCCGCGCUGCGGGGAGGAGGCGUGCUGGCAGGGUUCGUCCGGCCGGCCCCCGGCCGCCGCGGCCGCCCUCGCCCUUGGGAAUCCUUGGCUGCCCAGACGGAAGGGAAGUACGCGCCGGAGAGCCCGCUCCGCAUUUCGAUUCAUCUCGGGCCCUGUCAGGGUCACAUCUUGUGAAAAUACCUGUAAAAUCAAUUUAACGUUCAGUGCAGCGUGUAAAGACAGCUCUAAGAAUUUAAAAGACGCCUGAGUCAGAACAUUUAAAUGCUUGGGUCCCUGUAGCAGCGUUUUAACACGUCUGAGUGCAGAGGGUGGAGAAUCGAGCCUGAUUGCCGCCUUCGUUCACGCCCUGUAACAUUUUAAAAGGGUAAAGAAAGGCACUCCAAGAAAACCCAAGUGGGCAGCUCCCCUAGGGAGCGAAGAACAGCUGACUUUUGAAAUUUGUGUUGGUUCUCAUUUCCGUGUGCGAAAUUUGCCUGCAGAACUUAGAUCAACGAUAAACAGAACUGUUAAAACACUGGGCUUAACUAACUAGUGGCUUUUGUUGACAAGUCGAUUAUGUUAUUAAUUCUUGGUGUCUCAGCCAAGGCAGGAUUCAUUAUCUCCGUUUUGCAGGUGGAAGAAAGUUUGGCACAAAAAACACAUUUCCCUUAAAUUCACACAGAAGGGACUGACUGCAGAGCUGCAAAUUAAGUCUUAGCAUUCCGGCUUCUCAUCUGUGUUCCCCUCUGGACCACGUUACAAAAUAGAUGAGUAGUUACUUUGAUGCUACUCGUAAAACGAGGGAGUAAACUAAAUGUUCUGUGAACUUAAAGUGUUAAAUCGUAAUAACCUUCAGUGUCUUCUGCUUUGAGAGACUCAGCUGCCCUUUGGAGUUGAUACCUUCCAGAGGGGAGUGGGUGGAGCAAAAAAAAAAAAAAAAAAAGGAAAGGAAAAUCACGUCACGGGAAAUAUUUAGUCCCCAGAGUCCACAAAUUGUGCCCACUUUUACUGCCCCUUUGUGUUGAUGUCAUACUUUGCAGUGUAUUCCAUGUUCUGGCAAAACACCCGAGGGCUCCCAUCCCAACCUCAGCUGCCUUAACUACACCUUUGCGUUGCUCUUUUGGCACUGACCUCUCUGUCCGUCUUCUUGUCAUGCUCUUUCCUCCAGGUGCUCCUUACUAAUGCUGUUACGUGAAAACCAGUUGUUGUUGUUCAAGUGUGGAAUGAUUGGUCGCUCCUGAAGGAUGAUUCUAGAGUUAAUGAUCAAAAACUACCAACAGAUUUUAGAUGAAAGGACAAGUUAAAGAAGCUCAAGAAACUAUUGUGGAAUUUGAUAGCUGAGUUAUUUGGGGGAAGAAAGCAGACAUUGACUCCCCCCACCCCCCGUUUCCCCAAUUCACUCAUAACUGGAAAGCAGCAGCCCAGUUUUAACUUGGACAUAAUGUUGAGGGGAGGGGAGCAUCCUUCCGUUUAGUGAAUUGGAAAAUUUUCUUUCCAAAGGAGGCUCCUUUUUUGACAGCUUGGAACAAGUGGAAACAUUUAUGUGCUUAGAAUGCAAAUUGUUUUGCCACUUAUAAGUCUGCCCAUAAAAUCUGUACAGGAGCGUGGGACCCAAGUUCCACACAUAAGAAUUUCAAGAAAAUCAGAUGGCUUCCGGGGAUUUCUGCUCCCCCGGAGAAGGGAUGGAAAUACUCCAAAAAGUGUGUAGCAAACAGCUUCCUCCUUGUAACCUGAGUGAAGAGGACCUGUUACAGAACCCACACUUCAGCAAACUGCUGCUGGGUCUGUCCCAGCACAUGGAUGAGAGUGGCUUAAGCCUCACCCUGGCAAAGGAGCAGGCUCAGGCAUGGAAGGAAGUUCGACUGCAUAAGACAACAUGGCUGAGGUCUGAGAUUUUACAGAGAGUCAUUCAAGAGCUGCUUGUGGACUACUAUGUGAAGACACAAGACACAAAUUUAACUUCUGAGGACAAAAAGUUUCACGAGACCCUGGAACAGCGGCUACUUGUGACUGAACUGACCCGACUGUUGGGUCCCAGCCGGGAGAGGGAAAUGCCUCCACUGCUGGGGCUGGAGAAGGCGGACCUUCUGGAGCUCAUGCCCCCCUCCGAGGAUUUUGUGUGGAUGAGAGCCCGGCUCCCACCGGAAGUGGAGGAGCAGCUCAAGAAGAAAUGUUUCACCCUGCUCUGUUACCAUGACCCCAAUUCCGAUUCAGACAGUGAAACCUUGAAGGCAGCGAAGGUGUGGAAACUGGCAGAGGUCCUGGUGGGCGAGAAGCAGCAAUGCCAGGAUGCCAAGAGCCAGCACAAGGAGCAGAUGGUGCUGCUCGAAAAGAAGAGCGCCACCUACUCCCAGGUGCUUCUGCGCUGCCUUGCCCUGCUGCAGAGGCUUCUCCAGGAGCACCGGCUUAAGACGCAGUCUGAGCUGGACCGCAUCAACGCCCAGUACCUGGAGGUCAAGUGCAGUGCCAUGAUCCUUAAGCUGAGGAUGGAGGAGCUAAAGAUCUUGUCUGACACUUACACUACUGAGAAAGUGGAAGUUCACCGUCUCAUUAGGGACCGUUUGGAGGGGGCCAUUCGCCUACAAGAGCAGGACAUGGAGAAGUCCCGACAGGUCCUGAGCACCUAUGAGGUCCUUGGGGAGGAGUUUGACCGGCUGGUAAAGGAGUACACUCAACUCAAGCAGGCGACUGAGAACAAGCGCUGGGCCCUCCGGGAGUUUAGCAAGGCCUGCCGCUGAGCGCUGCCUCGUGGGGGUCCCGAGGCGGACUUCCGCGCACGCGCGCUGUCUCCCCCACCUCCUGCCCAAAGGACCACCUCCACCUGAGGCCUGCUUUCACUCCGGGAGUGUGGGGACGCUUGCGGGAAACAGUGCAGUGGGUUAGAUACCGUCCUGGUUUUUCUUCCUUGUUUACAGUGACUGAGUCUCUUCGGGGAAAUGGAGCAGAUUUAUAUAAUUCUGUGUGCAGCUAUUUGUCAGUGUCGGCCCGGUAUUAUAUUUGAUUAUCUCCUGAAUAAAGUGAUGAUGCUUCCUUUGGGCACAGAUGAGAAAA